AUGUUCCUUGUUAUUAUCUUCCUGGCUGUAAACAUCGCCUGCGGAGUGAUCGCGGUAAUAGAACUUGACAAUAUUGUAGGGGAGGAGCUGAUACUCUCUGGCAUGCAUAUGUGCAGUGUUGAAGGGAUCGAGCAGCUUCGGGUUGCAAUGGUUUGGGUGCUCAACACUGUUUGGGAGGUCCUCGCAUUGUCUCUUUCAGUCUGGAUUGCUGUGAACCACCUCCGUGACCUGCGACGACUCGGCCCAUCAACAGGGUCGACCAUCGGGGACUGUUUCACAGUGCUGAUACAAUCUCACAUUCUUUAUUUUGCAAGCUUUGUUGGUGUCUCUUGCUUCCAGCUUGCUACUGAUCUCUCUCCAGAACUCUCGAAUCCAGAUUCUAUUGGAGCUCUGACACUCGAUGGUGCUCGUGUAAUUUUAUCGGUCGUGCAGAUGUUUGUACUGGGACCACGCCUCAUCCUUAGCGUUCAGGAAUACCACGCCAAACUCGUGGCAUACUCUGACGCAGAAACUAGCAUGAAUUCGAUUGUUUUCCAGGAGCAUGUACAUGUAUCAACUAGCAGUACUGUGUAAGGACAUCCUUGCUGAGUGGCCUGCAGGGAAGCAAAAUUUGGUGGAGGAUCCGUUGUGGUAUUUAUUUAACAUAUGGUAUAUUUGAAAGGUCUAGGCAAAGCUAUUUCUUGUUGUAUCGCUACUGGAAUGAAGUACCCAUGCUUGAACCAGGUG